CAGAUUACAAUUCGCCCCACGACUCAUACUUGCCUCUGAUAUUUCUCCUGUGCGACUUCCACACGCCACGUUUCUGCCCCGACUCAUACUUCACAUACGGGAAAUAUGGACCCCAUACCAGUUAUCGUCAAACAUCAAGGCAAAAAAUAUGAAGUGGAGGUAGAUCCCACCUCCAACGGCGAAACGUUCAAGUUCCAGCUUUACUCGAUUACCGGUGUCGAACCAGAACGCCAGAAGGUCCUGGUCAAGGGUGGACAACUCAAAGAUGACGCCGAUAUGUCGAAACUAGGGCUCAAGCCAAACCAGGUCAUUAUGAUGAUGGGCACGCCAUCUGGAGACAAGGCGAAUGUGAUCGAGAAGCCAAAGGAAGCGGUCAAGUUUCUGGAGGACAUGACAGAAGCCGAAGCCGCAAAACAAGAGGGUGCCACACCUGCCGGGUUGACCAACCUUGGGAAUACAUGCUACAUGAAUGCCACUCUCCAGACUUUGCGGGCCAUACCUGAAUUGCAACAGGAACUGGCGCACUACAAUGCUGGAUCUGGUCCCAGUUCAACAAGCCAGCUGAGCCAGCUCAGCCAAUUCGGCCUGGGCGGCCUUAGCUCUUCUGCAGAUUUGACCGCAUCACUGCGGGAUCUCUUCAAGCAGAUGUCCGAAACCCAGCAAGGCUUUCCCCCGUUGAUGUUUCUGAACGCAUUACGAACGGCAUUUCCCCAAUUCGCACAAAAGGCCAAGGAUGGACAUGGCUAUGCGCAGCAGGACGCAGAAGAAGCAUGGUCUCAGAUUGUAUCUCAGCUCCGCCAGAAGCUGAAGAUCCAGGACACGGGCUCCGGGUCCGAGGAGAACAAGGCCAAAGAUCUCUCUUUCGUUGACAAGUACCUAGCUGGCAAGUUUGAGACAGUGAUGGAGUGUGAUGAGCCCGCCGCAAAGGAGGCCGGUGAAGAGCCUGUGCGUGGGGAAGACACGUUCUUCAAGCUCAACUGCCAUAUCAAUGCGGAGAUUAAUCAUCUGAGGGACGGACUUCUGGCAGGGCUGAAGGAGCAGAUUGAGAAGCGAUCAGAAGUGCUUGGCAGGGACGCAAUCUACACGAAGACGUCGCGCAUCUCGCGGUUGCCCAAAUACCUCCCGGUACACUUCAUGCGAUUUGACUGGCGAAGGACGACCAACAAGAAGGCGAAGAUUAUGCGCAAGGUAACCUUCCCCCAAGAGCUGGAUGCUGUCGAGUUCUGCACGGAGGACCUGAAGAAGCUACUUAUCCCCGUGAGGGACAAGAUCCGUGACAUCCGGAAAGAGGAAGAGGAUGUCGAGCGAGCGCGGAAGCGACAGAAGCGCAUCCGAGCCGGUGAAGAGAAUGACAUUGGAUCAUCCAAGGAGCCCCUUCAGAAGAAGAAGGAGAAGGAGAAAGAGGCGGAAGAAAAGAAGGCUGCCGAGGACACUGACAUGAAGGAUGUAGAGUACAAGACGGAGGAGCAAAUAGAGGCGGAGCGAGCUGCCUCAAUACUCGCGGCGAAGAAGGAGCUACUCACCCUCGUUGAUCCCAAGCUUGCGGCAGAUGAUGGUGCAAACCAUACUGGACUCUAUGAGUUGCGCGGAGUCAUUACCCACCAAGGUGCUAGCGCCGACAGCGGCCAUUACACCUCCUUCAUCAAGAAGGAAGGGAGCAGAGACCCUGUCACUGGCAAGCGAAAAGCGGAGGACGGGAAUUGGUGGUGGUUCAAUGACGACAAGGUCAGCGAGGUUGAGCCUGAAAGAAUCGAGACCCUCGCAGGUGGUGGACAAAGUCACUCCGCUCUCAUCCUUCUCUAUCGCGCGGUACCCCUGACAUCCAUCGACGAAGAAGACAACAAGGCCUAGCUGUAGGGGAAGCGGACACGCAUCAUCCUACUUUAUACCAUGUCCCCGGGUACUGUCACAUGUUGUCGAAUUGCGUGGAGCUAGAGGUGUCCGAUAGUUGCAUAAGAGGUUGGGAUUUUGGCAUGACUUGCAUACGCAGUUAGUAAUGGACGAUACAUGCACUGGUCAAUAGACGGAUAAUAUCUCCCUUAGGUUUGCAUCUCCCCGUUCACAUACUUGUAGUCAAUCAGACGGUGCGUGACCCUCUCAUACUGCAGCGAACUACCUAGGUAGGCUUCAGUGUCAAGUCAGGCCGUUGAGAUCAUAAGCUCUCAAAGAUGGGUUAUAUGAUAUCCUCAGAUCUCUCUGCCAGCAGCACUGGACACCUGGUCACGUCGCCGGUAGCGUGGCC